GUGAUUUUUUGACAUUCGGACGACGUCACAUCCGUCUUCUCCUAUUCCCGUUCUUCGCGAAAAUUUGAAUAUCGGUCUAUCGGUUCCCAGUUCCCAGUAGUGCACUGUGCUACACCGUGGACUCGCGAAAAAAUCCUUAGUGUCAAAGAUAACCUAAUUUCUAAUUUCAAACAUGUGAGAAAAAUAAACAAACUGAUUUCAAUUUUACAAGAAUAUUCAUAUAACAAUGGGGCUGACUAAGAAUUCAAAAUCGUACAAUCAGAAAAAUGUGAAAAAAUCAAGAAAACAGCUUCGGAAAGAAAUGCGAAAACAGAAAAAACAAAAACGUGGUUUGUACAUGAACAGGAAAAAGUUUUCAAAUAAUGUUUUACCAACCCUAGAUAUUGAAGUUUGCACAAAACAUAUAAUUGAAAAACCAAUACCACAUGAUACAAAAGCUCCUAAACAGAGUUUUGAGAGAAAUCCAGAACCCAGCAACCAAAAAAAUUUCCAAAAAGAUAUCUCAAGUGAACAAUUACAAAAGAAAGAUCGAAUAAAGCAAAAACGCCUUGAGAAAGAAAUGUUAGAGCACAGAAAGAAAAAACUGCUGGAUGCAAAUGCUGAAGAGGAUCGGAUUAUUAAACAAUUAGAAAAGAAACUUGGACUUAACAAAAGGAAAAGCAAAACAUUACCCAAAGCAUUUAAGGAGGAUGGUUUAGAUUACUUGAUGGAGUUAUGUGAUGCUGAGGGAAUGAAAGAAGCAGUUGCUGCAGAGCAAGCCCUAGAGACAGCCAAUGUUGAUGAGUUUGCUGAAGAUUUGCUACAAUUCUAGGAAAGGAUGAUGAAGAUAUGGAUUCUGAGGCAGAUGAUGGUGAUUCAACACUCAAAGAUGAAAAUUGCGAAUUUGAUGAUGUUGAAGAAGAAGAAGAUAUAGAUGAUGCAAAUACAGAUGACAAUGAAGAUGAUAUAAAUUCAGAAGAUAGUGGAACCGAACUGGACUCUGAAGACAUUAUUGAUUCAGAAAAUUCUACAGAGAAAAUGAAACUGCAGAAAAAAUAUGACACUAAGGAUGAAAGUGAUAGUGUCAAUAAUAACAAGAAAAGGAAACCAAAUGAGGAACUGUGUAAAAAGAAAAAACAAAAAAUAUCAGAUAGUUCAGAAGAAGAUACUGAUGAGGGAGAGUAUGCUUCAGAUGAAUCGGAAGCAUCCGAGGUUCAUAUUAAAGGUGCUGUGAAGAUCAACAAAGAUGGUACUUGGGAAGAUAUAUAUGGUAGGCUUAGAGCAAAAGAUGGAUCUGUUAUUUCACAAAAAGAAUCCAAGUAUGUUCCUCCAGCUUUAAGACAAGAUAACUCAAAGCAAUCUGAGAAGCUGACAAGACUCCGGAAACAGCUGAAAGGUUUACUAAAUAGAUUGACAGAAAGCAAUAUGCAUAGCAUAGCAACUACAAUAGAAGAUAUGUAUAUGAACAACAGUAGGAAUGACAUGAAUGAAUCUCUGACAUCACUUAUUUUGGACACAUUGGUUACAGAGAUAACUACACCAGAAAGAUUGCUGAUAGAACAUGUUGUACUUUUGACAGUGCUUCAUGCUAAUGUCGGCACUGAGAUUGGAGCACAUUUCUUGCAACAAGUUGCUUCAAAGUUUGAUAUAUUCUUAUCUGGAAGUCAUGAUGUCGAAAAUAAGAUGUUGGAUAAUAUAACUAAAAUAAUAGCUCAGCUGUAUAACUUCCAAUUAUUUGAUUCAAAACUAGUAUAUGAAAUGCUAAGAAAGUUUUGUGAAUUUUUUGACGAGAAGUGUAUUGAAUGCAUCCUACAUGUUCUGAGAAGUGUAGGUUUUAAUUUGAGGAAGGACAAUCCUCUUGAGUUGAAAAAUUUUAUUGUUGAAGUACAAAAGAAGGCUUCAGAAAUAUCAGAGGAAGACAAAGAUAACUGUAGGGUGAAGUUUAUGUUGGACAUAUUGCUGGCUAUAAGGAAUAAUAAUGUUAAAAAGAUUCCAAACUAUGAUGUUUCCUAUCCAGAACAUUUGAAGAAAGUUAUGAAAGGUUUUAUUAGGAAAGGGAAUUAUGUGACUCAGUUAAAUAUUGGGUUAGAAGACUUGUUGAAGGCUGAUGAAAAAGGAAGAUGGUGGGUUGUAGGGUCAGCUUGGUCAGGGAACCAGAAUAAAGAUAAGGAGCAGACAGAAGUUGUGAAAAAUAACGAAAGUUACUCAACUAAUAUUCUGGAAUUAGCUAGACAACAACAUAUGAAUACAGAUACAAGGAGAAAUAUUUUCUGCAUUAUAAUGUCUGCUGAAGAUUACUUGGAUGCAUUUAACAAGAUCUUGCAUCUUAGUUUGAAAAAUCACAAGAACGCGAGAUUGUAAAUGUCAUUUUACAUUGUUGUCUUAGAGAAACGAAAUACAAUCCCUAUUAUUCUUUCUUAGCUCAGAAGUUCUGUGAUUACGACAGAAAAUUUCAAAUUAUGAUCAAAUAUGCUGUUUGGGACAAGUUGAAGGCGCUUCAAAGUUGGAAUCAACAAAUCUCGAAUCUAGCUAAACUUCUGACGCAUCUUUUCAUAGAAAAAGGACUUGUCAUAUCAGUUCUGAAAGUUGUGGAGUUUAGUGAGUUAGAUAAGGUAACCUUGAGAUUUAUAAGGCAGAUUUUGAUAGGGAUCCUGCUUCAUAAAGUUGAAGAGGAUUGUCUUCAAGUGUUUUUGAAGGUUUCCAAGUCGGAUAAGCUGAAAAUAUUCAGGGAUAGUCUGAGGUUGUUUAUCCAUCAUUUCUUGUUGAAAAACCUUAAUUCUGAAGGUAUACCUGAGGAGCAGAAGCAUUUGUUGGAGCAGAGGGCAAAAGCAGUGGAAAAAGUUCUUUCUGUGAAAGAAUCAAAGUGGUGAAUGUUUGUUGUUGAGAUAUGUUUAUAUUAUUUGAGUAAAAUAUUGUUUUUGUAA